AUGAAGUUUGCAUGGAGAUUUACUAUCGGGGUCAGAGAUAACGGACCAACGGCCGGCGAGGGGAGGGGCGCCAUCGAAGGCAGGCUUAGAUGGCGUCGAUGUCGACCUCCUCGCCGCCCUCGUCGUCGGCGGGCGGGGCGGGGCCGGCGGGGGCGCAGGGGGCGGCGGGGGCGGCGGAGGGGCGCAGCGGCGCGCGGUCGUCGUACUCCACGUCGAGGUCGUCGGCGCGGCGCGCGUCGUCGCUGUCGUCCUCCUCGCUGUCGGCCUCGGCGAGCCAGUCGA